GAAGACAUCUUACAGACACGAGCCAUGGACAUCGUGGAGCACAUUCUAGCUGUUGCAAAUGUCAUCUACGGUCAAUAUCAGCACAUGAAGUACUGCAAGAAGCAGAAAGAGCGCCUUAUCAAGCGCAUGGAGGUCCUCCUGAGACCGAUUCAGCUCCUCCAGGUUCAGCCCCUCAGCAAACUGUCCUCCAGUCUGAAAUUUAUGCUGCAGAACAUGUUGGACCUCCUGCUGGAAGCCCAGGAACUCUUUGAGAAGUACAAAAACCAUAACAUGCUAGAGAGGUUCAUGAAAGCUGGUGAGAUGCUGGAAGAGUUUGCAUACCUGAACAAGCGCUUUGGAGACAUGGGCCAGGGACUUUUGCUGCAGCUCCAGGUGGAGCAGAGGGUGCUAGUGAGCUUUCAGAAGUGCGUGGUGAGCAAGGAAUGCUGCCAAGAUCUGGCGGAAGACAAAGUUUGCUGGAAGGAGAUGAUCAAAGGGCAGCAGGAAGAAGCUCAUACAGAAAUCACAGAGAUAAACAAGGACUUUUUAACCAAGAUGACUUUUCUGUUGGAGAUGAGAGACCACAUCCUGUACAAAGGAGAAUAUUACAAAACUCCAGUGGUCGUCAAAGUCUUCAAAAAUCCUCUGACCACCAACACAAAGAAGGUGAGGGAGAUCUUUGAGGAGGAGAUCAGGACCCUGAAAAGGUUGGAGUCCUCCUACAUUGUGCGCUUGUACGGCAUCUGCAUUGAUGAAAGCGGUAAGCUCUUUGGACUGGCUUGGGAUUGGGAGAAGCGGUUGCACCAGACGGGAGACAAGUGCCAGCUGCAUCGUUGCAUCAACAGUUCCAAAUUCUUGGUUGCCAAGGGCUACUGUGUAAAGCUGUCAGGAUUUAAACUGGACCAAACAGAGUCCUCCAUCAGUCGAAAAAGCAAAGAUAAAGUCCGCAGGGAGGUCUCUUCUUUAGCCUAUAUCUGUCCAGAGGGCCUGGCCUCUUUAGACCAUCCGUACAACUUGGCUAGUGAAAUAUACAGCUUUGGAAUUGUGCUGUGGGAGAUCGCAACUGGGAAGCUUCCCUUUACAGGUUGCAACUCUCAAGAAAUCUAUAAGAAGGUUUAUGAGCAAAAAGUGCAGGAGCCUUUAGGAGAAGACUGUCCAUCCUAUUUACGGACAAUCAUCAACCAGUGUCGGAGUUAUAACCCUUGCAAGCGCCCAACUACUGAAGAGAUUGUGAACCAGCUCCUCAUUGACCAGGAUGACAACGGUAGCAACUUGACUUCUUGAGUGAAAAAUCAGUGAUCGUGGAAGAUAUGUUGUCACCUGAACCUUCUCUCUUUUUUCUCCACGUUUCAAUAUUGUUAUUCUUCAGGGAUAGUCUCGUUGCCAUGAAGUUUGAGAAUCAUUUUUGAACAAUGGACCCAGAACUUAAUUUUAAUUGGUUUUUAAUUGAUUAAUUUUAGUCUCUCUGCCUCUAUAGACUGACUUUGUUUAAAAGACAUUACGGAAAGGAAUGCCUUUUACUGGACAAGACUGAGACGGAUCUGAAAGUUGAUUUUAAAAUGACAGGUUACAAGAAAGAUAAGGAAAAAGAUGUUUCACAGGACAUACAAAAGGAACACGUUCAUGUCUUAAAAAUAAAAAGGGAAAUUCAUUCUAUUGCCCUGGUAUAUGCACCAUGGCACAAUCCACCUGCUAUAAAAUAACAGUUCCUUUAUUGUUACCCAUUGCUCUCUAAUGUCUUGUCUUAUA